AUGAAUAGAACCCCCUUCCUGUUUCUGCUUCUUACCACAUUAACUUCCACUCGUUGUUUAGUGAGUGCAAAAACAGAAUUGAGUGUCGAAAAUGUGUCGCCGGAGACCGUCAGUUUCAAUCUCGGAGGCCUCAGCAGAAACAGUUUUCCAAAGGAUUUCGUGUUCGGAACUGCAGCUUCUGCAUACCAAGUUGAAGGCAUGGCUGAUAAAGAUGGCCGGGGACCUAGUAUAUGGGAUGUCUUCAUCAAAACUCCCGGGCUUGAGCCCAAUAAUGCAUCUGGUGAGGUAGCAGUGGACCAGUAUCACAAAUACAAGCAAGAUGUCGAUCUUAUGGCGGCACUGAACUUGGAUGCCUACCGGUUUUCUAUUUCGUGGCCAAGAAUAUUCCCAAAUGGAACUGGUAAGGUAAAUUGGAAGGGAGUUGCUUACUACAACAGGCUUAUCAACUAUAUGCUCAAAAAAGGCAUUACUCCAUAUCCUAAUCUUAAUCAUUAUGAUCUUCCUCAAGCGCUUCAGGAUAGGUACAAUGGGUGGCUUGGCCGUGAAGUAGUGAAAGAUUUUGCUGAUUAUGCAGAAUUUUGUUUCAAAACAUUUGGGGAUAGAGUAAAGAAUUGGCAGACGUUUAAUGAGCCUAGAGUGGUAGCUUCCCUUGGAUAUGACAAUGGGUUCUUUGCACCUGGAAGAUGCUCGAAAGCAUUUGGAAAUUGCACGGAAGGAGAUUCUGCUACCGAACCUUAUAUUGUUGGUCAUAAUCUUAUCUUAUGUCACGCAGCUGCCGCUCAGAGAUACAAGGAGAAAUAUCAAGAGAAACAAAAGGGAAGGAUUGGAAUUCUUUUGGAUUUCACUUGGUAUGAACCAUUGACAAGAUCUAAAGCCGACAAAUUUGCAGCUCAAAGGGCGAGAGACUUUCAAAUCGGAUGGUUCAUGCAUCCUCUUGUAUAUGGUGAAUAUCCAAAAACUAUGCAGAAUAUUGUUGGGAAAAGGCUGCCAAAGUUCACAAAAGAAGAGGUUAAGAUGGUAAAGGGGUCCUUUGAUUUCGUGGGCAUAAAUCAGUACACUACUUAUUAUAUGUACGAUCCACAUCGAAAUAAGACAGGCCCCCUCGGCUACCAGCAGGAUUGGAAUGUUGGAUAUGCUUAUGAUCGUCAUGGAGUGCCAAUCGGUCCAAGGGCACAAUCUUAUUGGCUCUACAUUGUACCAUGGGGUCUAUACAAAGCUAUUAACUACAUUAAAGAGAACUAUGGAAAUCCUACCAUGAUUUUGGCUGAGAAUGGAAUGGAUGAUCCAGGUAAUAUUACACUUUCUAAGGGUUUACAUGACACCACAAGGAUCAAUUACUACAAGAGCUAUUUAGCAGAAUUGAAGAAAACAAUUGAUGAUGGAGCCAAUGUGAUCGGCUACUUCCAGUGGACAUUGCUUGAUAAUUUUGAAUGGAGACUCGGGUACACAUCAAGGUUCGGCAUUGUCUAUGUUGAUUUCAAAACCCUCAAGAGAUAUCCGAAGAUGUCUGCCUACUGGUUCCAGCGGCUGCUAUGCAGAAGCAAGCAUUAA